UUGGUUAUUAUAUAAAGAUGAAUUUCGUGUUUGUGUUGAUACCCACCUUCCAUCUCUCUCUGUUUUCCUUUUUUUUCUUCUCAUUUUCUCUGCUAAAUUUUCUCUUCUUUGAUGGCUCUAUAUGAUGGAGUUCAUAAAGAUAGAGGAGAGUUAAGGAUUCAUGAAAAUUCCGACGAGCUUGCCACGGAUUUAGCAGAGUAUAUUGCAGAAAUAUCGGAGGCAUCUGUGAAAGAGAGAGGUGUCUUUGCCAUUGCCUUAUCUGGUGGUUCCCUCAUCGGCUUAAUGGGGAAACUUUGUGAAGCUCCAUAUAAUAAGACUGUAGACUGGUCUAAAUGGUAUAUCUUUUGGGUGGAUGAGCGAGUUGUGGCUAAAAACCAUGCUGAUAGCAAUUAUAAGCUGGCAAAAGAUGGCCUUUUAUCUAAGGUACCUAUUGUACCGAGUCAUGUGCAUUCUAUUAAUGAUUCAGUAUCAGCAGAGGAGGCUGCAACAGAGUAUGAGUUUGUUAUUCGACAAUUAGUGAAAACGCGGACAAUUAGUGUUUCUGAUAUCAGUGACUGCCCUAAGUUUGACCUCAUUCUUCUUGGAAUGGGCCCCGAUGGUCACGUCGCUUCAUUGUUUCCUAACCACCCUGUGCUUGACGCGAGUGAUGAAUGGGUAACUUUUAUCACUGAUUCCCCCAAGCCCCCACCUGAGAGGAUCACAUUUACCCUGCCUGUCAUAAACUCAGCGUCAAAUGUGGCAGUAAUUGCGGCUGGUGAGGCCAAAGCAGAGGCACUUCACUCAGCAAUUGAUGAGGUAGGACCAGACUGCCCAACGCUGCCUGCUCGGAUGGUUCAGCCAACAAAAGGGAAGUUGGUCUGGUUUUUGGACAAGUCGGCUGCCUCAAAACUCGACGGCUUUCAAUUUUCUGAAUAGGGUAAAGAUUCCAUAGCCAAUAUGUAUGUUUGUAUGUAGCAGAGGGAUUUGACAACCGUGAAUCCGUUUCUUGUUGACCAGUUUCUGUCAUUUACUUUCCUUUUUCUCCGUUUUGCUUUGGGUUGAAUCCUCCAUUUUGGCUCUUUCAUCCUCUCUUUAGUAGAGGAGCUGGAGAAGUGUGAUUAUCCAUUUUGUAAGAAGAAUAAAGAUAGGUUCUCAGUGCAAACACUGUUUUUUC